UCUUCAAAGUUUACUUGCCACAAACGAGUUCUACUCUCUUGCGCAUACCAAAGGCUUUCAGUGCCAAGUUCCUCAAUGGAAAUAUAGGAAGAAAGACUGCUCUUGUGGAUCAUGAAGGAAACUCUUGGGAUGUUGAGUUAAAGAAGAUGGAUGAUGGAUUAUUGGUCCUCAAGAAUGGAUGGAAAAAGUUUGUUAGAGACAAGUGUUUGGAACAAGCUGAUUUCUUGGUCUUUGAGUAUGAUGGCAACUCCAAGUUUCAUGUGAAGAUAUUUUCCAAAAGUGGAUGCAGAAAAGAAGCUGCAAUUAGUGGGAAACUUAACCCCGUUAUGAUCUCGGAUAAUGAAGAUUCUGAUCUGCAGAAUAGUAAAAGAAAGCAUGAGCGUGGCGUUAAAAGGAAACUUUCACCAAUCACGCCACUCAAAUUAAACCAGAAAUCUCACUCAAAAAAGGGAACUACUGUACGGAAAUCCAAAAGAGUUAAGAAUGGGGCAAAUGGUAGCAACUGUGAGAGCAAGGCAUCUGGUCUUGUGAAGUUCGUUCCCCUGAAGAACCCUCAUUUUGUGACACCUAUGUCACACUGGAGAAUGAGGAAAAUGGAAAUUCCUAGAAGAGUAACAAAGGAAUUGAACAUCAGCCUAAAAUCAGGGAUUAUGCUGAGAGACGAGGAUGACAAGCUAUGGCCGGUGAAGAUCCUCACCGGGGAUCGCGGACGCUGCUAUUUCGCAAAAGGGUGGUCUAGUUUCUGGAAGGCUAAAAGUGUUGAAGAGGGCAACCUUUGUGAUUUCAAGUUUGUUGUUGGCAAAGAGAAUAGAGCUGAGGAACUGCUUGUGCGAGUACGCUCACAUUAAAUGAUAAAAAACAACUACCAAAAUAUGGUGUCUUCUUUAGUUGAAUUAAGUAUUGGUCUCGUUUCAUAGUUUCAGACAGUAUCAUCAUAGUGUUGUGUCUCUAAACAGUAGGUUAUUUCAAAAGGUUGUAGCUCAACGUUUUAUAAUUUUUUGAUAGCGUCUAACAUGAAUUUUGCGAAGUGCAAAAUUGAGAGACGGAAUUCAUGAGCACCAACCAUAAACCAAAAACUUGAUAGAACAAUCUUAAAGUCUUAUUAUUCUCAAGACAUAUCUUGA